UCUGGCUGUUCGCGCCUCGAAAAACAUUUCUUUUCUUCUUUCUUUCUUCUAGAAAGAAAAAAAGAUGCGAACGGACUGGAAGCUUGUUUCAGUCGUGUUCCUGGUAGGGGUUUUAUGUCUCCAAUGCGUGGAUUCCAAAGAGACUACGAAAACGAAGUUACUUAAGAAGUUACGGCAUACUGGACACGUAAAAGCCCAUGCUGCUCAUCAGAAGAGUCUCACUGGGGAAAAGAAAAACGCAGUGCAGCCUACAAAUGAUCAAGUUGCAGUAAUGCAAAACCCGGAGAGUUUACAACCCAGUGAGACAGAAGAACUCAAUCAGCUGCAGAACUAUAACAAACAGUAUAUCAACAAUGAAAUGGCGGCCGAGACGGCUUUACUAGCAGAUCAAGGAAUCGACGAUGACUCAGCAUUAAAAAUCUCCAACAUGGCGGCUUUACCCAAUGGAAUGCCUCCUGGAGCUAAUGCUGCCAUUAAAGCCAAGAUCAGUAGUAGCAGUGCGCAUACUCCUCAGGAUCAGUCAGCUGGACAACUGCAGAACUCAAACGCCGGCUAUGAUCCAAAUGCUUACCUGUAUGACGCAAACUCUUGGCCAGAAUACACCAUCCACGAUUCGGAUUACAGUCACUUCCGGUCUGUGGAAAUGAACAACAUGAAUGGCGAGAACACAGAUAUGCCGCCACAGUACAACAAGCCUGACGGACAUCCUGACUUUCAGAACAUGGCGAAUGAUGAAGGAAUAGAAUUUCAGGGAACGAAAUUCCAGCAAGAGAAAGGUGAAGAUUCUGAAUCACUCAGUGACGAAAUGAAGGAAGAAAAUGGGAAAGAGUUUCAGGAAAAACCACCCAGCGAGGGACGCCCAGCAACGCAUAAAGUUAGUAAUGAGGGAAAUGUCCAAACAGCAAAUGACGCGAAGCCUGCUGUUAACAGUGGAGCCACGGAAGAAAGCAAAUCUGAAAGUAGUUCAAAGCCACUAGUCAGUCCAUCUGAACAAAAACCCCCAGAGGUUGUCCAUAAGGCUGAAGAUAUUGCUGCUCCCGCUAAAGAUACACCUUCCCAAAAGCAGCAACAACAACAGCAGCAGCUGCAGCAGCAGCAGCAAACUCAACAACAGCCGCAAGUGAAGCCUUCUCCUUCUCCUUCUCCUUCUCCUUCUCCUUCAAAGAUUGCUGCAUCUGUGGCACAGGCGGCGGCCUCACUGCCUCCUAAGGCUAUUGCUUCUUUAGUAAGUAGUCUGGUCGGUGGCGGGAAAAUUGCUACAUCAGGCCAAGUUCAGGAGCAAAGUCAAACAAAAGGUCAAGGUCAAAGUCAAGGUCAAGGUCAAGCCAGGAGUACAGCUCAGUCCCUCAUACCUCAAGACAUAAAUCCGGCGCAAGAACAAACCACAAUAGCCACGCAGUUACACGUUGUUGCGAAGCCGAAGAGACGAUUAUAAGCUCGCUACCUAAUUAUUUCUUAGUCUCUUGUAAAAUCAGAAGGAAUAGAUGACGGAGUGUCAGCAAACAAAGAGAUCUUUAUGCACUUGAAAGUCAAAUACCAUAUAAACCUCGUCUUCUCCAGACGAGGCCAAAUUAUCAAUCUUUAUAAUUGGCAAGCUGAAUUCGGUGUUGUAGAAAAAUAAUUUGUACAUUUAGCUCCAUACCUCAUGAAGACAAGUCUAGGACAUUUUCAAUAUGAAACGAAUACUUAUUCGGUUAGCUUAGCGUCUUUUAACUUCGUAUAUAAAUCAAUUUGUAGAGGCCGUUUCAAUUACUAAUUUGCAAUAACCUAUGUUCUGUUCGCACGCUAAAACUUGUCAUGAGAGGAAAACACGUUUUACCAUUGUAUCCAAAUCUGAACUCUACUGAUGACGUUGAUUGUUAAAUAAAAGAGUUA